AUGUACGCAACCGUCUCGCAGGAUAUUCUCCAAUCAAUCCUCGCCGUUGAUGACAUUGCCGAAGAAUGUUGGAAGCACAUCACCGCCAUGUUUCAUGAUAACAAGCAUUCACGUGUUUUACAAUUAGAAAAUCAAUUCAUUAACACAAACCUGGAAGGUUUUCCAUCGACAAAAGCAUAUUACAACCGCCUCAAAACUCUAUCUGAUCAACUCGCCAACGUCGACUCUCUGGUCACUAACACACGACUGGUGCUUAAAAUGAUAUUCAAUCUCACUAAUGCAUACGUUGGGUUUAUCACCUAUAUACAGCAACACGAUCCUCUCCCCACAUUCGCCACAUCACGAUCACGACUGGAACUCGGGGAAUCAACUAUGUUGCAGUAUGCUGCUCGCGAAUCACACGCCUUGUCUAUUUCGGCCACUCUCAUGGCCAAAGCUCCGGCCACCGAACCUGCAUCCAAACCGUCAUCCUAUGCUUCAAACUCCCAACUAUCUCCAUCAACAUAUCACGGUCAUAGAGGAAAGAAACUGAAUCGUGGCGGUCGAAAUUUCGGAAGAGGAAAUUACGGGCAACAACAACAACAACAGUGA